GACAUGACAUUUAUCCUCAAUAAAAAGCUUUCUACCUCACAUGCAGGUUUUUUCCUUUGUAUUGUCCUGUAAAUAGAUUCCUGAUAGUCGAGCUUAAAUAACGGUUGCUAAAAAAUUAAAUACAUCAUUAUUACAUUUGAAUCUGACGACAGGGUCUCUGCGAUACCUUGUGAAUAUAUCAAGAUGCCACCCAAUGCGUUAAAAGAGCGUGCUAUAGACACCACCUGCGAGUAUGAAGAAGAUCACACUAUUACCAGCAACCAGCAGAUCGAUUAUUUAAAGGCUCAACAAAAAAAGUUACCAACUGACCUAGUCGAGGUCUGCCGGCACCUCCCUAAAGAUAUCUUCCAAAUUAGGCCAUUCAGAGCGUAUCUUGCUGCCUUUCAGGCUGUAGGAAUGACAGCUUUGUCGUUGUACCUUUUGACAUUUUGUCACUCUUGGUGGUCCCUCUGCAUUGGCUGGGCUUUUGCCGGUACUUGUGCUACUGGAAUGUUUAUCAUCGGACAUGAAUGCGCACAUGGUGCUUUCAGCAAAUCAUCACUGGAGAACGCAUUCGUUGGAACAAUAGUGAUGGCGCCACUCGGAUGGACAUAUCAUGGUUGGAGGAUAACACACAACCACCACCACGCAUAUACGAACCAGAUAAACAAGGACCACUUGUGGAGUCCCUUGGACCACGAAAUGGUUGCAAAUACAUCAAAUGCCGUGUUGAAAGUACUCGAGUAUUUUUAUGUUGGGCCUCUGUUCUUCGAGAGUAGUAUUUUGCACCAUUUUGCAAAUCUGAAUAUCUUCAUAUUCCCAAAAAGGCACUGGAAGAACCUAAUUUCGAGUAAUUUAUUCGCUUUGGCUGCUACAUUAGGUUUAUGGUACCACUUCUACUAUAAUCUUGACAAUGGCGACAGUGGCUGGUGGGCCGUGUUCAAGUAUUGGGGUGCACCAUAUCUUUGCUUCAAUUUUUGGCUGUCCACACAUACGUAUUUCCACCACAAGUCGAGGGAUAUUGGCUGGAUUGAGAAAGCGAAUUGGAAUAAAGCACAAGCCCAGCUUUUCCAUACAGCCCACGUGGACUAUCACCCCAUAGUCGAAAUGCUACACUUCGACAUCAAUUGGCAUGUGCCUCACCAUGUGUCGACACGAAUUCCAUGGUACAAUCUUCGACGUGCGACUUUCGCACUUAUUAAGGCAUAUGGUGACAAGAUCCAUACCUACGAGAUGAGCCCCACGUACUGGAUGGAAGUGACUUCUGAAUGCCACGUGCAUGAUGACGUGUCUAAAUAUGUGAGUGUGGGAGAGUCAAAGGAACGCUCGGAACGUGAGAAACAAAUAGCUAGCAUGGAAGCUAGGAAAACAAAAACAAAUUAGUUUAAGGUUAAUGAAUAAACCUAGAUGAAUAUAAAUACA